AUGGUUGAUACUCACCAACAAAAUAUUGCGCUGGGGAUCGUCGUCGCGUUCCCCAUUCUGGGUGGACUUGCCGUCCUCUUGAGGCUCUGGAGUCGUCGAUUAUCACGAUCGGCACUCACCAGCGAUGACUAUCUGAUCACGGCAGGAUAUAUUCUGGCUAUCGGACAAUCCGUGACCUCAUGGUAUUAUAUCAAAUACAACUAUGUCGGCAUCCAUUACGCGGAUAUUCCUAAAGAUUACGAUGUCAAAAGAGGCUUAAUCUGGAACUAUGCCAAUCAGCUCCUUUACAAUCCCACCUUGACGGUCAUCAAGCUGUCUAUGCUGGUAUUCUUGCGCAAGCUAGAGUCUCGGUCCCGCGUCGUCAACGGCUUGAUCUGGGGCGCCAUUGCUUUUGUCAUCGGUCUCUUCGUCGCUGUGCUGUUUGUUGACAUUUUUCAAUGCCAACCAGUCGCUUAUGUCUACGAUAUGAGUAUCCCAGGUGGCAAAUGCAUUGCUCAGGGUAAAUUCUACGUCUCGACCGCCGCCCUCAAUCUCGCCACGGACUGUGUCGUGCUUUCAAUUCCCAUAAUCAUCACCUGGGGCUUGCAGAUGCCCCUGCGACGCAAGCUUGCUGUGUGCAUCAUCCUGUGCCUUGGUGGAGUUGCCACUGCCAUCGGUGUCUGGCGCAUCGUCAUCCUCGCCGAAGGCUUCCUCAGCAAUAAGGUCAACCUGGACCCAACCUACAGCAUCGGCUUCUGCAGUUCCGCCAUCGAAGUCAACGUCGCCGUGGUCACUGCCUGCGGUCCUUCCAUGAAAGCCAUCGCCAGCCGAUACCUACCCCGUCUCCUCGGCACUUCCCGCGGUGAAACCUCCGGCUACGGUCCCAAUACCAGUGGCUCGCGCGGACGAUUCCCCGGAUCGAAGCUCUUCGCAACCAACAAAUCGCAGCUGCACUCGCACGCAGACGACGGAUACGAGAUGGCGGACCCGAAUGGCGGACACACGGUAGACAUCGGCCACGAUGCGAAUAGUCGCUUCGACAUGCGCAAGUAUCGCCGCCGCGGGGAGGAUAGUCCGAGUAUCAGCAGUAACAGUGAAGAUGGUGUUGUCGGUAUCGUCAAGACCACCGAUGUGUCGGUCAAAUAUACCGUCGGUGAAGUGACCCCCGAUGAAAGACGGUCGCGGGAUGGCAAGCACGCCAGCAUGGACAGUCUGGUGUAG